AUGUCGACUUCCAUUGAAGCACCUAGGCAGUACAGCCAACCUUCCCGUAAGGGCAAGAAGGCUUGGAGAAAAAAUGUGGAUGUUACGGAGGUGCAGGAAGGUCUGCGAGUGUUGAAGGAAGAAGAAAUCAAAGGAGGUAUUCUAGCAGAGAAGCCAUCCGAUGAAUUGUUUACUAUCGAUACCACCGGCUCAUCAGAAAUCCGCAAGUUGGUUGAGAAACAACACAAGCCACUGAGAUCAGACGAGAUCAUUGCUCAACGGUCUGCGAUUCCAGGAGUAGACACUCGGAAACGCCAAAAUUCCAAGGUCACAGAUGGAGUCAUCGAGCCGAAGUCCAAGAAGCAGAAGAGCGACUGGGUCAGCCGAAAGGAUUGGUUGCGCCUAAAGCAGGUGGCCAAGGAAGGAAACCCUGCCAACAAGGUCGAACAAAUUGAUUUGUAUGAUCCUUGGGCUGAUAAUGAAGAUUCAACACCACUGGAUGACCCGAAAUUUGAUUUCCUGGAAAAGCCGAAGCAAAAAGUUGCUCCUUCUACGAUUACGCACGCCCCAAUUUCGCUCGCUGCAAAUGGGAAGCCUAUCCCCGCCGUCCGCGCUCCCAAGGCUGGCACUAGUUAUAAUCCGUCGUUUGAAGAGUGGGAUCAACUCCUACAAGAGCAGGGAGAGAAGCAGGUGGAGAUUGAGAAGAAGCGCUUGGAGGAGGAACAUAAGGAGCAAGAAAGACAGCGCUUGAUUGCCGAAGCCAAGGACGAUGACGGUGAGGUGAAGUCUGAUGACGAGAGCGCUUGGGAAGGAUUUGAAAGCGAAUACGAGAAGCCAGACUGGCUGAAGAAGAAACGCCCUGAGCGAAAGACGAAAGCAGAGAGAAACAGGAUUAAGCGGCGGAAGGAGGCGGAGCGGAAGGCAAAGUGGGAGGAGAAGAUGAAGCAGAAAGAAGAGCAAGUUGCACAGGCGAAAAGUAUCGCACAAAAACUGCAGAACCGGCCUCUCCAGCUGAAGAAGGAUUCCGAUGCUGAUUCUUCGAGCGAGGGCGAUGACACUGCUCUCCGGCGCAGGCCUUUGGGGAAGACACGAGCACCCGAAAAGAAUCUGGAAGUGGUUCUGCCAGAUGAACUGCAGGAUUCCCUACGCCUGCUCAAGCCCGAAGGCAAUCUUCUAGACGAUCGAUUCCGGACGCUGAUCGUUCAAGGGAAGCUGGAAUCGCGAAAACCGGUGUCGCAACCCAAGAGGGCAAAGAGAGAGGUGACAGAGAAGUGGACCUACAAGGAUUUCAAAGUCCCAGGUGCAGAGACGUGA